CAGGGAGUUGGGAGCAGCUGCCCCGGCCUGGCUCUGAACCCAGCAGCCGGCAGGGAAUUGGGAGCGGUUGUCCCGGCCCAGCUCCUGCUCCCGGCAGCAGACAGGGAAUUGGGAGCGACUCUCCCGGCCCGGCAGCCGGCAGGGAAUUGGGGGCGGCUGUCCCGGCCCUGCUCUGAACCCAGCAGCCCCCAGGGAAUUGGGAGUGGCUCUCCCGGCCCGGCAGUAGGCAGGGAAUUGGGGGCGGCUGUCCCGGCCCGGCUCCUGAACCCAGAAGCCCCCAGAGAACUGGGAGCGCCUGUCCCGGCCCGGCAUCCGGCCGGGAAUUGGGAGCGGCUGUCCUGCCCCGGCUCCUGAACCCAGCAGCCUCCAGGGAAUUGGGAGCAGCUGUCCUGUCCCGGCCCGGCUCCUGAACUCAGCAGCCGGCCGGGAAUUUGGGAGCGGCUGCCCUGCCCCAGCUCCUGACCUCAGCAGCCCUCAAGGAAUUGGGAGCGGCAGGAGCGCCUGGCCCGGCCCGGUUCCUGAACACAACAGCCCUCAGGGAAUUGGGAGCGGCUGGCCCGGCUUGGCUCCUGCUCCCGGCGUUGUUCGUGGUUCUUCUCAGCGGGAGCUGGCGGGCUCGGGACCGGGCAUUCCUUUAGGGUUGAACGUUUCAGGCUGUUUUCAGCUAUCGGAGUGUCUGGGAACACUCGCUUUGUUGAGUCAGCGCGGUGACCCGGAGCUCCAGCCGGUGAACGGAGCUGUUAUUUCACCGAUAAGGCCGGAGUGUGCAGGGCAGGAAAGAUGCGAGGUUAGAAGUUGAUCCGAUGUCCCCUCGUUGUGCUGGGAGUAAGGAGCCAGCUCCCAUCCCGGCUGCCGGGCAUCCCACAGUGAGCUCCCAGUUCCAGGGGAAGCCGGGUUGGCAAGCGGCUGUCCACGCCUGCGGUCAGGCCCGGAGGAUGUCCCGGAGCGGCUGGCAGCGCUCGGAGCACCGGGAGAUGUGACCUGCAUCCCCCAUCGCAGCCAUUCCUCGGUGGGAUCGCUGCUCCCGCUGCGCCUUCCAGGAAUAACUUCGGGAGCUAAAAGGAAACAGCGAGGCCUGAAAUGUUGGUAUUGACAGCAGCCCGUGGGCUCAGAGAUGGAUUCACCAGAAGGGGCCUCCAUUAGAAGUGAGCAGAAAUACAGGAAAUUCCUAAAAAGCCUGAUAAGAAAGCAGCCUCGGGACCUUCUGCUGGUGAUUGGGACGGGGGUGAGUGCUGCAGUGGCCCCAGGAAUCCCAGCACUGUGCUCCUGGAGGAGCUGCAUCGAGGCUGUGCUUGGAGCAGCUGAGCAGCUGGAGGUGCUGCACCCCGGGGAUGUCGCUGAAUUCCGCAAGAAGGUGGCCAAAGAGAGGGACCUGCUUGUGGUGGCACAUGAUCUCAUCAGGAAGAUGUCACCACGUACCGGGGACACCAAGCCCAACUUCUUCCAGGAUUGCCUAAUGGAGGUGUUUGAUAAUUUAGAGCAGCACAUUCAGAACCCUGUGGUUCUGCAGUCCAUCCUGAGGCUCAUGGAGAGAGGCACGAUGGUUCUGACUACAAACUAUGAUAACCUGCUUGAAAUAUUUGGUCAGCAGCAGGGUAAACCCAUGGAAUCUUUAGACCUUAAAGAUAAGGAUAAGGUUCUUCAGUGGGCAAGGGGCCAUGUAAAAUAUGGAGUUCUCCAUAUUCAUGGCUUAUAUACAGAUCCCUGUGGAAUGGUGCUCGAUCCCUCAGGAUAUAAAGAUGUUACUCAAGAUCCUGAAGUCAUGGAGGUUCUCCAGAACUUGUACAGAACCAAAUCCUUUUUGUUUUUGGGCUGUGGAGAGACUCUGCGUGACCAGAUAUUCCAGGCUCUUUUUCUUUACACAGUAAAGAACAAAGUGGAUCUAGAACAUUACAUGUUGGUGCUUAAAGAAAAUGAAGACCACUUUUUUAAGCUGCAGGCAGAUAUGCUGCUGCAUGGAAUAAAAGUGGUGUCCUAUGGGGACUGCUUCCAACAAUUCCCAGAGUAUGUCCAGGAUCUGACUGCUCAAAUCUGCAAACAGAGAAGUCCAGAUGCUGACAGGGUGGACAGCACAACGCUCUUGGGAGCAUCAUGUGUGGACUGUGCUAAAAGGAAGUUAGGAGAAAGUGGCACUGAUUCUCCUAAGAGGAUCAAAGAGUCAGAUAUGCCCACUCUUGAAUGAAAAAAACUCCAGACACCAAAGGCCCACUCCAGAAGCUUUUUAACAGUAGGUGUUUAACAUCUGCUGCAUGGAAAGUUUUGAGAUGGUAUUUUCAUGAUUUUAAUUUGAAUAAAAUUGUACAUACUAGCUUUC